AUGCAUAUUCUUCCUCACAUCGACCUUUUCGGGCACUUUGAUGGCUCUGUCGUUCCUCUUCCCAAAUUCGCCAUUGUUGAUGAAGAAGAGAACACCUCUAAGCUUACUGAUGCAUAUAAAGCCAUCGAGUUUGCUAAGGCUCUCUUGAGUUUGCUUAUUGCUUCUCUAUCCCAUGAAGCCAUCGAGUAUGUUAUUGGAAGCAAGACCGCUCGAGAGGCUUGGCUAAUCUCUGUGAUCGCUAUGCUUCGGUUUCUCGUGCUCUGCAAACCGCACAGAAAGUUGCAUGCCGCUCGUGUGAAGAUAUCUGAUGAUGAUUUUACCAUUGCUGCGUUGAAUGGUUUACCGUCGAAAUGUGAUAUGAUUCGCACUGUCUUGAUUGCUCGGGAAUCAUCUUUGUCUCUUAAAGAUUUUCACCCACAUCUUCUUGUUAUUGAAACCACUGCUGAAGCGCGUAUGUUCAAUGGAGGUCGUAAUGACAAUUCUCAGUUUCGUCCAUUCUCUGAAUUUCUUGGUGGGUCGAUUACUUCUUUCAAGUCUAAUUUGCAGCAAGUGAGGCCAUACGACAGCCAAUUGCUAUCAUCGACACUCCACAUCUAA